AUGAUCGCGCAAUAUGUGGGGAACCGUCACCGCGAAUGGGACCAACACCUGGAAGCCCUGCAGUUCGCAAUCAACACGGCAAAGCAUGCGACAACCGGAUACUCCCCCGCCUUCCUGGUUCAUGGGAGAGAAUUGGCGCGGCCACACCCGGAGGAUCGGCGACCUACGGAAGGGAUGGCCCCGGAAGAACGCAGACAAAUAUUAGAGGAGGCCUAUGAACUUGCCCGAAUCCACCUGGCACAGGCAUUCCAAAAGCAGGAGCGUCAAUACAACCUACGCCGGCGCGGAUGGCGUCCUCAAAAAGGAGAGCUAGUAUGGAAACGCGACCGAACAUUAUCGAGUAAAAGCGACGCCAUUAGCGCAAAACUAGCCCCGAAAUACGACGGGCCAAUGGAGGUACGGCGCAUCAUCUCACCGGUAAUCGUGGACCUGAAAGACCACCUGGGGAAAUGGCACCGCCGGAUUCACGUACAAGAUCUAAAACCGGAUCCAGGGGACGAGGAGGAGGGAGCCGAGGGGGAUACAAACACCGGGGAAGAAGAAACACCGAACGACUAG